AUGAUGUAUUACAUUGCAUUUUUGGUGUUACUCACGUGGAGUGGAAAAACCUCGGGAGAAUUGCCACCUGGAGUGACUCCCUGUCCUCGUGCCAGUCCUCCAGCCGAAUAUGACAAGUGUGUCCUGCAGCAAUUGGAAGUAGUUACGCCGCAACUAGUCAAGGGAAUACCAUCUCUGAAGAUACCACCGAUGGAUCCACUCGUUCUACCUUCCCUCGUGAUAGAUCGUAAUCUCGAUGCUAUCAAGGUCAAAGCUAAUUUGACCAGUGUCAGAGUUUACGGAGGAACUAAUUACAAAAUUGAUGAGUUACAUGCGCAGCCUGACGAUUUAACUGUUACUCUGAAAGCACAAUUCCCAUAUAUGCAUGUGAAGGGGAAUUAUGAUGUUAAGGGAACUCUUCUGUUGCUUACACUCAAUGGGAAUGGAGGGUUCAAAGGAAAUUUCACAAACACUCAAGUACGGGUUCAAGCUCAAGGCCGCGAAGUGACCGACAAGAAUGGCAUUCGCAGGGUUCAAGUACACAAACUGCAGACAAAAAUUCGCGUUGGGAAUGGAAAUAUCGAGUUGCAGGCCCAACCCCAGCACAGGGUAGCAGCCGAUGCAGCGGCAAACUUCUUCAAUGGAAGUCCCCGCCUUGUUCUCGACAUAAUAAAUCCUAUAAUCGAGGAGACAGCUACGUCGAUAGCUAAAGCAUUAGCUGCAAGGGCCUUUGGAGCUCUCACCAAAGACGAGAUUCUGCCGUGAGAAAUCUUCACUCAUGUAUUUUGGAUGACAAGAAGAGAAUAGAGACAAAAUUAUAACAACGAAAUUGUAAUUGAUUGAUUGAGCGAUUGAUAAAUUGAUUGAAAGUAGGUUUACUCGAGUGGAAAUAAUUCGUUGUAAGUGAAUGAUCUAGUGACUUUGUUGGCUA